GACGAUAGCCCACCAAUGAAGAAUUACGAAGGGAACAGUAUAACCACAGAGUGCAGCCAAGCUAGCAUCAAGGCAGCUUUACUAAAGCUUAAUCCCUCGCUUGAUGCAAUGGAUCAAAGGUUGGACCAACUUUAUGUUAUGCAUUGCAGGUUGCUGACCAUGUUGACAGUGCAUAAGAUGACUGUGGGUCUUGUGGCCCUGUUUCUGGUUAGUUCUGUUAGAGCUGAAGUGGAGCCUGUGUUGUCUGUGGGAGAACUGCUGGAGAGAGCUAAUCGAGACAUUGUUCGUGGUCCUGAUGAACCAGUGGUUGUUGGGGACAUUGCUGUUGAUAUUGACAAUGGAAGGAACGCUGAUCCCUGUACAUCUACUGGCUGCAAGUGGCCCAAGUACAGUGAUGGACUGGUCUAUGUGCCCUACAUCAUUGCCAACCACUUCACCUCCCGUGAGCUGCAGGUUAUCCAGAGAGGUCUAGAUUCCUUUGCAUCUGUUACUUGCAUUCGUUUUGUUCCACGCUACAAUGAGAGGGAUUAUAUCAGCAUUGAGUCACGCAGCGGAUGCUACUCUUAUGUUGGGCGGCUUGGUUACGGACAGACUGUGUCUCUGGACCGCUAUGGCUGUAUCUACCACAACACUGUCCAACACGAGCUACUUCAUGCUCUGGGAUUUAACCAUGAACAGACUCGCAGUGACCGUGACAACCACAUCCGUGUCCUCUGGGAGAAUAUCAUGGACGACAUGAAGUAUAACUUUGACAAGAUUGCUACUCUGAACCAGGGCACUCCCUAUGAUUACGACUCUGUCAUGCAGUAUCACAGAACUGCAUUCUCAAAGAAUGGUCAACCCACAAUGGAGCCCAUUCCCAACAGCAAUGUAGCAAUCGGUUUGGCCAGAGAGAUGAACCAAAAUGACAUUGUUAGAAUCAACAGGCUCUAUGGGUGCUAACCUGAGAACACUUGUGGUCUGUGCUGUGGCUAAUAUCCAUGGAGGUGGGGAGCUCUGACCGAUUUACUGAUUUAUGUCAUUCUAAAAAAUUAAAAAUAAACCACUGAAAUAAAAUAACACACAAAAUUAAA